AUGGCAGCUCCCUUGAGCGACCAAUUCGUUUUACCCACCAACAAGGACACUUGGACAGAGAACGGGCCAUGUACCUAUCUGUGCGGAAAUUCCCUGGGAGCGUUAUCGAAGAAAUCCAGGACCCUGGUCGAAGAAGAACUCGAAGUCUGGUCGAAAAGAGCUGUUGUCGGUCAUUUUUCCCAUCCACAUCAAAGGGAAUGGGUAGACAUUUGCGAUCAUGUAACUCCCCUGCUCGCCGAGGUCGUAGGAGCCAAGGAAAAAGAAGUGGCGUGUAUGGGCACUCUAACAGCCAACUUGCACCUCAUGAUGGAUUCUUUCUAUAAACCCACACCGAGUCGCUACAAAAUAUUAUGUGAGGCCCGCGCUUUCCCCUCGGAUCAGUACGCCUUUGCUUCCCAAGUUCGUGCACAUGGACUAGAUCCCAGGAACGCUAUUCUGGAAAUGGUUCCUCGGGAGGGUGAAUUUACCCUUCGUCAGGAGGACAUCCUAGAUGUUCUUAACAGAGAGGGAUCUUCCAUCGCCAUCGUUCUCUUUUCUGGAGUCCAGUAUUAUACUGGUCAGUGGUUCCCCAUGGAAAUGAUAACGCAAAAAGCGAAAGAGCUGGGUUGUAUAUGUGGGUGGGAUUUGGCACAUGCAGUUGGCAACGUACCGCUAUCUUUGCAUGACUGGGAUGUCGACUUUGCCGUCUGGUGUACGUAUAAAUACCUGAACUCCGGCCCUGGGUGCAUAGCCGGUCUUUUCAUGCAUGAGAAGUGGAACGAACAUCAACCACCAAGACACGCAGGCUGGUGGGGAAACGAACCUGCGACCCGAUUCGAGAUGCGACCUACGUUCUCUCCAAUUGUAGGUGCCCAAGGCUUCCAACAGUCAAAUCCAUCUGUGCUCUCCGUGGUGUCACUUUUGGGGUCUCUUCAAGUAUUUAAAGAAGUGGGUAUGAUGAUACCGAUAAGGGAACGAUCUCUGCAGUUGACUGGUACGCUGGAAAAGCUGUUGAAGCAAUCCAAGUACUUUGUUGCCGCUAGUGAGGUGCCCACGAAAUACCAGAAUGGCACAGGUUCUCCCGGGUUUACCAUCAUUACACCUGAAGAUCCCGAAUCUCGAGGCGCGCAACUGUCACUGUUAUUCCUACCAGAGGGUUCGGGUGUGAUGGAGAACAUUAACGACGCAUUAACGAGCUAUGGGGUCAUUGCUGAUGAGCGGAGGCCCGAUGUGAUACGUUUAGCCCCUGCGCCGCUGUAUAAUACACUACAGGAUUGUGAAGUUGCGGCCUCGUGCUUAGAGAAGGUAUUCGAAGAAGUCCGUAUUAACUGA